GGAAACGAGCCCCAGCACCGCCCCUCCCGGGAAAGAGGGAAGAGGUAACUACUCAAUAUUGCAGCCAUGGAGUCCAUGCUUAAUAAGUUAAAGAGUACUGUUACGAAAGUAACAGCUGAUGUCACUAGUGCUGUAAUGGGAAAUCCUGUCACUAGAGAAUUUGAUGUUGGUCGACACAUUGCCAGUGGUGGCAAUGGGCUAGCUUGGAAGAUUUUCAAUGGCACAAAAAAGUCAACAAAACAGGAAGUGGCUGUUUUUGUCUUUGAUAAAAAGCUGAUUGACAAAUAUCAAAAAUUUGAAAAGGAUCAAAUCAUCGAUUCUCUAAAACGAGGAGUCCAACAGUUAACUCGAUUACGACACCCUCGACUUCUUACUGUCCAGCAUCCUUUAGAAGAGUCCAGGGAUUGCUUGGCAUUUUGUACAGAACCAGUUUUUGCCAGUUUAGCCAAUGUUUUAGGUAACUGGGAAAAUCUACCUUCCCCUGUAUCUCCAGACAUUAAGGAUUAUAACCUUUAUGAUGUAGAAACCAAAUAUGGUUUGCUUCAGGUUUCUGAAGGAUUGUCAUUUUUGCACAGCAGUGUGAAAAUGGUUCAUGGAAAUAUCACACCUGAAAAUAUAAUUUUGAAUAAAAGUGGAGCCUGGAAAAUAAUGGGGUUUGAUUUUUGUGUAUCAUCAUCCAAUCCUUCUGAACAAGAGCCUAAAUUUCCUUGUAAAGAAUGGGACCCAAAUCUACCAUCAUUGUGUCUUCCAAAUCCUGAAUAUUUGGCUCCUGAAUACAUACUUUCUGUGAGCUGUGAAACAGCCAGUGAUAUGUACUCUCUAGGAACAGUCAUGUAUGCUGUAUUUAACAAAGGGAAACCCAUAUUUGAAGUUAACAAGCAAGAUAUUUACAAGAGUUUUAGUAGGCAGUUGGAUCAGUUGAGUCGUUUAGGAUCUAGUUCACUUUCAAAUAUACCCGAGGAAGUCCGUGAACAUGUAAAACUACUGUUAAAUGUAACUCCGACUGUAAGACCAGAUGCAGAUCAAAUGACCAAGAUUCCCUUCUUUGAUGAUGUUGGUGCAGUAACACUGCAGUAUUUUGAUACCUUAUUCCAAAGAGAUAAUCUUCAGAAAUCACAGUUUUUCAAAGGACUGCCAAAAGUUCUACCAAAACUGCCCAAGCGUGUCAUUGUGCAGAGAAUUUUGCCUUGUUUGACUUCAGAAUUUGUAAACCCUGAUAUGGUACCUUUUGUUUUGCCCAAUGUUCUACUGAUUGCUGAAGAAUGCACCAAAGAAGAAUAUGUCAAAUUAAUUCUACCUGAACUUGGCCCUGUUUUUAAACAGCAGGAGCCAAUCCAGGCUAGCAACAUGAUUUUGUUAAUUUUCCUACAAAAAAUGGAUUUGCUACUAACCAAAACUCCUCCUGAUGAGAUAAAGAACAGUGUCUUACCUAUGGUUUAUAGAGCACUAGAGGCUCCUUCCAUUCAGAUCCAGGAACUCUGUUUAAACAUCAUUCCAACCUUUGCAAAUCUUAUAGACUACCCAUCCAUGAAAAAUGCUUUGAUACCAAGAAUUAAAAAUGCAUGUCUACAGACAUCUUCCCUUGCUGUUCGUGUAAAUUCAUUAGUGUGCUUAGGAAAGAUUUUGGAAUACUUGGAUAAGUGGUUUGUUCUUGAUGAUAUCCUGCCCUUCUUACAACAGAUUCCAUCCAAGGAACCCGCAGUCCUCAUGGGAAUUUUAGGUAUUUAUAAAUGUACCUUUACACAUAAGAAGUUGGGAAUCACCAAAGAGCAGCUUGCUGGAAAAGUAUUGCCUCAUUUGAUUCCCCUGAGUAUUGAAAACAAUCUUAAUCUCAAUCAGUUCAAUUCUUUCAUUUCCGUCAUAAAAGAGAUGCUUAACAGAUUGGAGUCUGAACAUAAGACUAAACUGGAACAACUUCAAAUAAUGCAAGAACAGCAGAAAUCUUUGGAUAUAGGAAAUCAAAUGAAUGCUUCUGAGGAGAUGAAAGUUACAAAUGUUGGAUCUCAGCAUAUUGACAAAGUCUUUAACAACAUUGGAGCAGACUUUCUUACUGGCGGUGAAUCAGAAAAUAAAGAGGAUGGGUUACAGAAUAAACAUAAAAGAGCAUCACUUACACUUGAAGAAAAACAAAAAUUAGCAAAAGAACAGGAGCAAGCACAGAAGUUGAAAAGCCAGCAGCCUCUUAAACCCCAAGUACACACACCUGUUGCUCCAGUCAAACAGACUAAGGACUUGACAGACACAUUGAUGGAUAACAUGUCAUCUUUGACCAGCCUUUCUGUUAGUACCCCUAAAAUUUCUGCUUCAAGUACCUUCACUUCUGUUCCUUCUAUGGGCCUUGGCAUGAUGUUUUCUACACCAGUUGAUAACACCAAGAGAAAUUUGACCAACGGCCUAAAUGCUAACAUGGGCUUUCAGACUUCAGGAUUCAACAUGCCGGUUAAUACAAACCAGAACUUAUUCAGUAGUCCAAGCACACCCGGAGUGACCAAGAUGACACUGGGAACACCUUCCACUUUGCCAAACUUCAGUGCUGUGAGUGUUCCUCCUGCUGGUGCGAAGCAGACUCAACAAAGACCCACAGAUAUGUCUGCUCUUAAUAAUCUCUUUGGCCCUCAGAAACCCAAAGUUAGCAUGAACCAGUUAUCACAACAGAAACCAAAUCAGUGGCUUAAUCAAUUUGUACCUCCGCAAGCGUCUCCAGGUAUGGGCAGUUCAGUAAUGGGAACACCAAUGAACAUGAUGGGACAGUCUGCCUUUGGUAUGCAGGCUAAUCCUUUCUUUAGCCCGCAGAACUUUGCACAGCCACCAACUACAAUGACCAAUAGCAGUUCAGCUAGCAAUGAUUUAAAAGAUCUUUUUGGGUGA